UCCAAUUGACUGAAGGAGGAAAUAUUUCACCAGAAUCAAUCAAUUUUCUACAAAUAAAUCUCAGCUCAGCACCAGAUGAGGUCUUUGUUGAUCAUGAAGGGCAGAGCAUGGAAAUACACUUAUUUUCUUAAGUGUGGCUUCAUCAUCCUUUUCUUAGCUUCGUGUGCCUUUAUCUUCCUUCAUCAUCAUAGGAAGUUUAAUUAUAAAAUGAGGACCACCAUCUCACCAGCAGUUUCCCCUGAACCUCAAAAGCAUCAUGACUUCUGCAGCAUCCAUCCACGGUCACCGCAGGAGGCUCUAGAAGUAGACUACCUGAAAGACUUAAUUGCGUGGCCUGAAACUCCCCCCGUACCAUCCCCUUUUUCCCUCAAUGAGACCAGUGAUCCGGCUCACAGUACCUUCACCAUUCUCCCUCCGAGAAAAGGGCAACAGUGGCGUGUAGGGGAUGAGCUGGAGGUGUUCAUAAAAAUUCAUGACUUCCAUGGUCGUCCCAAGAAGACAGGAGGAGAUGUCUUAGUGGCCCGGCUUCACAACCCUACUCUUCAGGCAGGUGUGGCCGGACGAGUGGUGGACCAUCACAACGGCAGCUACGUGGCUGUGUUCUCCUUACUGUGGGAAGGAAGUGCACAUGUUGAGGUCACCCUGGUCCACCCCAGCGAGGCAGUCACAGUUCUCCACAAACUGACCCACGAGCAGCCUAACAGGGUUUAUUUCAAAAGCCUCUUCCAAUCAGGUUCAAUCACUGAAACUACCACCUGUAAUGUGUGCCUUAAUGGACCUCAGGAGAAGCUGUGCAACUACACUGACCUCAUUACUGGUGAUCUGUGGUUCUGCUACAAGCCAAAGAAAUUAACGUGUGAUGUCAGGUUCAAUCAUGCCACAGGGGGAUUCAGUCAAAACCUCAAGCCUAAGGAAGAUAAGCUCUUUCAAAGCAGGGUCAAUAUGAAAGUAUUAAUUCCUGCUUCUGGACCUGCAAACACCCCUGUGCUGCCAAAACUAAAAGAUCAACCAGAGAGGAAAAGCCACAUUGUGAAGACUGCACCUUCUGGGUAUUAUUAUCAGGGUGUGUGGCGAGCGCUAGAGGGUACCACAGUUCGCCAGUUCAACACCACAAUGAUGAGACAGUGUCUGAAAGGCAAGGUGGUCCACUUGUUUGGAGACUCCACCAUCAGGCAGUGGUUUGAAUACCUGAACUCAAUAUUACCAGAUCUCAAGGAGUUUAAUCUGCACAGUCCGAAGCAAACAGGACCUUUCAUGGCCUUGGACUAUGCAAACAACAUUUUAGUGACAUAUCGCUGCCACGGACCCCCCAUCCGUUUUGGCAACGUCCCAGUCAGUCAACUGCGUUACAUUGCCAAUGAAAUAGAACAUGUGACUGGAGGCACCAACACUGUUGUAGUUAUUGGCAUCUGGUCGCACUUCAGCACUUUCCCUGUCGAGGUCUACAUCCAGCGGUUGCAGGGUAUCCGGAAGGCCGUGGUACGGCUGCUGAACAGGGCUCCAGGUACCAAGGUCAUCAUCCGGACUGCAAACCCCAAAGCUCUGACGCUCUACGAGACAUUGACCAACAGCGACUGGUACUCAAUACAGCGGGACAAGGUUCUGAGGGCUAUGUUUAAAGGAGUGAAAGUCCAUAUGGUGGAUGCAUGGGAGAUGGUCCUGGCCCACCAUCUGCCACACAACCUCCACCCACAACCGCCUAUUGUCAAGAACAUGAUUGAUGUUCUCCUAUCUUACACAUGUCCUUCAAAAGGGAAUUUUAAAUGACCAAAAGAGAAUCAGAAAAGUACUUUUAAGAUGGGCUGUGCUAGGUAUAGUUGUCUACUAUUACAUAUUUCUGGCAAGUGUUUGACA